UGCACAAGGCAGCUGCUCCCUCUCCCUCUCACACCCCAGCUCUCGAAGCCGAACCCCUGGACAACUAUUUAAGAACUGGAAGCAGAAGGCACGCAGAAAAUAUUUAAUGAAAGGCCACUCAAGACACAUUACUUAGGCAAAUAUUCAACACAAUGUUUCUCAGACUGCACUCAAGCUUGCCCUUAGGAGUUCCUCAGUAAAGGAUAAAAGAGAGGCUGCCACCAACUCAGGAUUACAAGCUAAUCCUUCCGCAACUAGACAGAUUGAAGUCUGUGGAAAACAUGUUCACACUGCUCAAUUCUAUGACUUGGAUUGUGCAAAAACCUACUCAGAGGCUUAAAUAUGCAUUAGGGAUCAGAGAAACCACAACAGUGUCUUCUGAAGCUGUUAACAGGGUUACUUGGUUUAUGUUUCAUCUGUCUGCAUAACAGACUAAAGACCCCCCUCCGUGGAUAUCGCUAGGUUCAAGAUAAGCAGACAUUCAACAGCAGUUUAAAUUUUCUUUUUCCUUUUUUUUUCCUUUAAUGUGGACAUAUAUUUAUAAAACAGACCCUACAAUUUGCCAAUUUCCAGGGCUUUCUAAAAAAUUAUUAUAUGAAAGAUGUCUUCAAGCAAGCCAUUUAAGGAUCUUUUAGGAACAUUUUCUAUAUUCAAAAACAAGCAAGGAAACUGAGAAUGACCACACAAGGCAGGCUGAACGCUAUGCCAUUUGAAAUGAAAUAAGAAAAAAAAGAUAUUGGAGUUAAUACCCUGUGUUUCAAGAGGGGGAAAAAAUAUUGAACACAGAAAUCAUGAGAGACCGCCUCCAAGAGCUUAAACUGAGAGCUAAGGAACUGCAGCCAGUUGGAGAAAACAGCUGUGCAACUAUGCAGGAAGAAGAGCAGGAAGAGUUUGAACAGCAGGCUAUCAUUUAUGAAAAAGAGCCCAUAACUGAGAGGCACUUGCAUGAAAUCCAGAAGCUUCAGAAUGAAAUUAGUAAUUUGCUGGAGGAGGUGCAAAAGUUCAGUCAACAACAAAAAACCCUAGUAUCUUCAAUGAGAAGGUUCAGUGUCCUUAAAAGGGAAUCUAACAUAGCAAGAGAAAUAAGAAUUCAAGCAGAGCACAUCAGCAAAUGCUUGGAUGAACUGUCAAAAACAGUGAAAAAAGCUGAAAAUGAACAUGGGUCAUCAUCUGCUAUAGCAAGAAUUCUGACUUCCCACCAUGCUUUCCUAUUCCAGCGUUACCUAAAUGCUAUGCUCUCAUACAAUGAUGCUAUAACUGCUAAGCAAGAAAAAUGUAGACUAUUUAUUCUUCGCCAGCUGGAAGUUGCUGGUAAAGAGGUAUCUGAUGAAGAAGUCAAUAAUAUGCUCCAACAAGGAAAAUGGGAGAUUUUCAAUGAAAAUCUGCUCACUGAAGUCAAAAUUACCAAAGCACAGCUUUCAGAGAUUGAACAGAGACACAGAGAACUAGUCAAUCUGGAGAACCAGAUCAAAGACUUGAAGGAUCUUUUUAUCCAGAUAUCAAUUCUGGUGGAGGAGCAAGGGGAGAUGAUCAACAACAUUGAAAUGAGUAUGAACAAUACUCAAGAAUAUGUUCAAAUAUCAAGGGAAAAAUUUGGGCUUGCAGUCAAGUAUCGAAAGAGAAAUCCUUGCAAAGCAGUAUGUUGCUGGUGUUGCCCGUGCUGCAGAUGACAGAAGAGAUACACUAUUUGAAAUACUAAUGGUUCCUGUUUAGUGAACUGAAUCAGUCUCAGGAUCCCUCUUUUCCUUCAUCUUUCUUCCCACUCAUACCUUCCUUGUCCACACAUCUCUCCAAGAAAUUGCAUCCGUUUUUCCAAACAGAGCUAGCAGAAUGUGAAGAAUUCAUCUGUUCCUGAAUAUUAUGGUUUUCACAAGAAAAUAUGAAUCAGCAGAAUGGAUGCAAAGGAGGGAAAUUAUAUGUUUUUGUUCUUUCACACUUCAGUAGCCCAAGUUAUUCUCCAGAAGGUAAAAUACAAUGUGGCAACCAACCGCUAGUGCUUUUGGGAAGCAUUAAUAAUAUUGUUAAUUUCAGACAA